AUGAAGACGUGCAUUGACGAGCGGCUCGCCGAAGACGCAUCGAUCAACCCUGUGGCUCUGUUUGGCAUUAUUUGCAAGAAAAUAUCCCGCCUCACGCUCGAUGGUCCUCCGCCGCUCGUUAGUCAAGUACAGAGCCACACCAAAAAAUGGCUCGCAUUACCACGCUCCACGUUCUUGAUGUGUUGGUUCCACGUGUGUCAAAAUGUGAAAGAUCGAUCAAAAGGGAAGUUGGAGCGCGUGACUAUAGACAUGAUAUUUCGCGACCUGAACAACCUGCACUAUGCGCGAAAUGAGGAUGAAUACUUGAGAAGAAGGUCAUAA